AUGCAUGAUCGGCGUGAUCGAACGAGUUGGGCUUAUCAGCUCCCCCCAAAUCUUGCGCCCCCCAUUCCUUACGCCGAGUCCAGCGGCGUUCCAACAUGUCCACCUUCCUCUUCACACAUGCUCUCCUCUCCGAUUGCCCACGCUUUUAUACCCUCUUUACACCAUCAUCAACAUUCUCAGCAGCGCCUCUCAACUAACGCUACUAAUUCGACCACCUUACUUCCAUCAUUCAGAUGCGCUUCUUCUAAUCGUGAUUAUAGGGACGAACAGGAUUGUGCUAAUCAACAUCAACGUCAGCCACAAGAACAACUCACUCGUCAAGUGCCUUCAUUGCCCCCCUCGUUCACUAUGAUGUCGGAGACUUGGUUUGGCUUGGUGCAAACACCACGUGAUGCCUACUUACUAUUGGAGGCUUGUCGUGUCGGCAAAUUGCACCGAAUCACUCGACGAUUAACUGACUUGGAGCGCAGUCAGAUCAUUCGCCCUGGCGCUGUCUUUGUGUGGGAAGAAAAAGAGGCCGGAAUAAAGCGCUGGACAGACCAUGUCCGAUGGAGUCCGUCAAGAGUAUCAGGCGCAUUUUUGAUUUACUCGGAACUCCUCUCAGCCGCAACUCGCGAUUCGCAUGCUCAUGUUUCGGACCCACUGCUCAAACAGUCGUUUUCCUCCACUACGUUGGAUGGAGACCGAUUGCACUUAAUCGCAUAUUAUUCCAAGUCCGCUUUGGACUCCAGGCAGUUGCGGACACCAACGGGGGACGAGAACCUACGAUCGAUUGUAGUACCUACGGGUGUCUAUCCGGAUCAUCGAGCAACUGGAGGUGCUGAAGACCAGGCAUCCAGAGAUCGCCAAAGAUCUAGUUUGCUUCCGCGCAGCUCUGUCGGCUCUUUUGAGACUUCGCAUUCCAUUCCUUCAUCUAGUUCGCUGGACUCUGCAGCAUCACCUCUUGACACUCCUCAUCUUCAUCCUGCUACCCCAACCCAGUUGGGCGAGGUAUCAUUUCAUCGUCCCCCCCUUUCUGGAGUAACACAUGCACCCCCUACGCGCUUGCUCUCUGACUCCAGAGCUUGUCACGAGUUCAGAUACGGGAACCAGCCCGAUUACUACAGUUCGUUUUACCCUCAGUCUCUGGCUCCAGGCGGGACCGAGAGGCAAACGCUGCCGGCCGAUUCCACCCGAUGGGACACUUUUACGCCGAACAUAUCCGCCUGGGAAACGAGCACAGGUACCACCACUACGAUUUCCGAACCUAUUUCAUACCCCAACGUAACUACCACAACCCCUGUCUCAUCAGGACUAGCCAGUCCGAAUCAUUCGAGCUUAUCUGCAUUAGGGGGAUGGGGUGGUGAGCAGGACCGCGACAAAAACGAAAGAAGGGUAACGGCCCCCGCGACACACCAUUUAGCCACCCAUCCCAGUAUGCUGGGAAGUAGUAACAAUCAUGGCUACCAUCCUUAUGCGAGGAUUCAAGACCGAGAGCGUCCUACCAAAGAUCGACGCAUGGAAGCAAAAGAUUCGCGCGGAUUUUUAUACGACCCACCAACAGCGCCGGCGACUCCCCUCGACCGAAUUUACUCGUUACCGGCACUGCAAAGCAAAAUUAACGAUAGCCCACCUCUUUCAUCAUCCAAUACCCCUACUCCAAGCACCCUCCCUGGGGCCGGGGAAGAGUCAUAAGUAGUUCCUUCGGCGCCAAUCUGGCAGGAACUUGCACACGGCAAUCUGCCUAGCUCUCUGGACUUCCCAUUCUCCGCCACCUGGGAAAUCGACCUUGUUCCUUGUCUACAAUUGUCUUACAGAGACUUUUUUCCUUUAAUAUCGUCGCUUGCCGACAUCUUCCAGUACGAUCUCCUGGAGGUUAAUGUGUUCAAUCUUUUUUUAGUCGUCCGCCUAAUUCAAUUUGUUAUCUCAU